GCGUGUUGCGGCGACCUUCGGCCGGCGGAGGGAGGCCGGGCGGCGGCGACAUGAGUGUGGCGGGGCUGCCGACGCUGCAGGAGCUCGACGUGCAGGAGGUGAACGUGUCGUCGGCUGUGUUGAAGGCGGCGGCUCACCACUAUGGCUCCCAGUGCGACAAGCCCAACAAGGAGUUCAUGCUGUGCCGCUGGGAGGAGAAGGACCCGCGCCGCUGUCUGCAGGAGGGCCGCAAGGUCAACGAGUGUGCGCUGGAGUUCUUCAGGAAGCUGAAGACCCAUUGCGCUGAGCCCUUCACAGAGUACUGGACCUGCAUCGAUUAUACCAAUCUGCAAGAGUUUCGCCAUUGCCGCAAACAGCAAGAGGCAUUUGAUAACUGUGUGCUAGACAAACUGGGCUGGGUUCGUCCAGAUCUAGGGGAACUGUCUAAGGUUACCAAGGUGCAGACAGAUCGGCCAGUUCCAGACAAUGUCUAUCACUCCAGGCCGAGGCCAGAGCCUAACCCAGUCAGUGAAGGGGAGUUGCAGCCCGCCAAAUAUGGCAGCAGGCUGUUCUUCUGGAACUGGUGAAGGGUGAAGCAAUACCUGACGCUCGUCCAAGAGAUGGGAGAAUUUGGAUCAUGUUUGUCUUCAAUAAGUCCCAUUAGUGUUUAUAAAUGCCAUGGGCCAGUUGUACCAUGGACGUUCUUGUUGGGGUAUACAAAUGUCAUUAAAAAUAAAAAAAAUAAUUUAACUGUG